UUGCACUUCACGUCUCUCUCUCCUCUUCAUCCUCAAAUUAUCAAUUUCAAGGUUUCUUUCUACCUUUGCCUAUAUAUAUGUAUGCGUAUAAAUGUAGUUUUUGUUUUAUUAUAUCUAGGAAUCUAUGAAUGUAUUUUAUCCCAUGUAUAUUACGGUAUAACAAGGCUGUUUUUCUGCACGAGGAUCACAAAUGAAGGAAAAGUGAAAGAGAAAGAAAAGUCUAUUUGGAUUUGGUUUGAUGGUUGUGAAAAAUGUAGGCAUUUGGUGUUAGGGAGAGAAGAAGUUUUUUUGUUUGUUAUUAGACUAUAUGGUAUUUAAGUCAAAUAGAAGAAGAGGGGUAAUUUUGAAAGAAGAAGAGGAUAUUUCUCUUUGAGCAUUGGGUGAUUUUACAAUGUCAUUAUCGUGGGCUGAUUCUAUUUCUGUGGCCAAAAGAGCCACCGCGGCUCCAUCUAAGGCCGCCUAUGUGCCACCUCAUCUUAGAAACCGAACUCCAUCACUGACCCCACUUAUCCCUUCUCCAGCUUGUUAUGCAGACACUGUUUCAUCAUCAAGAAAUGAAAGGCUUGGUUAUGGUGGUCAACCUGCUCGUGGGAAUCGCUGGAAUGGUUCCACAAAUGACUUCCGGGCUAGUUAUGGUGGUGGAAGUAGUUGGAAUCGUGGAGGGGAACGCGAAGUCAACCCUUUUGGAGAUGAAGAAGAAAAACCUUUGGAUGAGCAUGAGAAUUCAGGUAUUAAUUUUGAUGCUUAUGAGGACAUUCCAGUCGAGACAAGUGGAGAAAAUGUGCCACCACCAGUGAAUACUUUCUCAGAGAUCGAUUUGGGGGAAGCAUUGAACAAUAACAUUCGAAGGUGCAAGUACGUCAAGCCCACACCCGUGCAGCGAUAUGCUAUACCAAUUUCACUUGCAGGACGGGAUUUAAUGGCAUGUGCUCAAACUGGUUCUGGGAAAACAGCUGCUUUCUGCUUCCCCGUCAUUAGUGGAAUUAUGAAGGGUCAAUUUCCAAGACCACCUUAUCCACGCCUAGCAUUUCCUCUUGCUCUUAUUCUUUCUCCAACUAGGGAGCUUGCCUGCCAAAUUCAUGAAGAAGCUAGAAAAUUUGCAUAUCAAACUGGUGUCAAGGUGGUUGUCAUCUAUGGUGGUGCACCCAUGAAUCAACAGCUUCGUGAACUCGAGAGGGGUGUGCAUAUUCUUGUUGCCACCCCUGGUCGGCUAGUUGAUUUGUUGGAGAGGGCAAGAGUCUCUUUGGAAAUGAUUAGAUAUUUGGCUUUGGAUGAGGCAGAUAGAAUGUUGGACAUGGGUUUUGAACCUCAGAUAAGGAAAAUUGUUCAACAGACCAGCAUGCCUCCACCAGGUCUACGACAGACAAUGUUGUUUAGUGCUACCUUCCCGAAAGAGAUCCAGAGAUUGGCAGCAGACUUUCUAUCAGAUUAUAUCUUUCUGGCUGUGGGAAGGGUUGGCUCAAGUACAGAUUUGAUCGUCCAAAGAGUUGAAUAUGUUCAAGAGUGUGACAAGAGAAGCCACCUGAUGGAUCUCAUUCAUGCACAAACGGAAACCAAUGCGAAUGGAAAGCAAGCUCUUACCCUCGUUUUUGUGGAGACAAAGAAAGGAGCUGAUUCCCUUGAACAUUGGCUUUACAUGAAUGGCUUUCCUGCCACUUCUAUUCAUGGUGAUAGGACACAACAGGAAAGAGAGUAUGCGCUCAGAUCAUUCAAAAGUGGCAAGACACCUAUUCUGGUUGCAACAGAUGUUGCAGCACGUGGGCUGGACAUUCCCGACGUUGCACAUGUCAUCAACUUUGAUCUUCCAAAUGACAUUGAUGACUACGUUCACCGCAUAGGAAGAACAGGACGAGCAGGAAAAACAGGGUUGGCCACAGCGUUCUUCAACGAAAACAACUCUUCAAUGGCAAGAGCAUUGGCCGAGUUGAUGCAAGAGUCAAAUCAAGAAGUACCGGCCUGGCUGUCCCGCUUUGCUGCUCGUUCCUCCUACAGUGGCAAGAAUCGCCGUGGGGGAAGUCGCUUCGGCGGCCGUGACUACAGAAGAGAGCCCUCUUUCAUCCAAGGCAAUACUGACUACUACUCCGGGGCCAAUAACUAUGUUGCUUAUGGUGCUUCUAGUGCCUACAGCACAUCGACGAAUGGUCUUGGGAUGGCUAGUGCAUGGGACUAAUCGGUGACCCCCCCACAAUUACUACAUCACUCUUGAAUCGUAUAUUCGUAGUUUAGUAGCAAGUUAGUCUCGCUCACGUUAGAUUGACAAUGAUCACCCUCAUUUAGAUUCUUUUCUAGCAAUUGAAGUCCCAUUUUGCCCGAAGUAUUGGGUUGUAUAUAAUGUUUAUGUAUAUAUGUACUAAGCCUAUGGUAGAAUGUAUAGAAAAGUAUAAAUAAUAUCGGUAGUUUCAAUUAAUAUUGUGAAAAUAAAAGAUAAAGAGUUUUCAAAAA